CUGCCCGCACAAGCCACCGCGCCGUGGGCUAGUGCGCACACACGCACCCAGAGCCCACCACGAUUCGAUCGCAGCAUGGAGCGCGCGGGGGGCCGCUGACCACCGCGACGUCACGUUGGCCUCGCGCCGCCGCCGAUCGAUUACCGUCCGGCAUCUUGGACGGUCACCGUCAGCCACCAUCUCACACUCCAGGUGCACCGAGCAAUGUAGAUCACGAUGCACAUAACAUCGGGUUUGUCUCCCGCCUCCGGCGAAAUGUUAGACACCUCAGUUUUAAAUUUCUAUGGUGAUUCAGGAGAUCAAUGCAGCGAUGCAUAUUUCGCUGUCGACCAUACAGUUCCUGAAUCUUCUCAUACUGUCGAGAUUGAAUAUGUUUAUGAACAACCUGACAGUUACGCACAAAAUCAAGAACUUGUUGAUACAGAAAUGGUCCAGAGUGAAAUUGUCGACUCGGAAGAAAAUAAUUCCGCAAAAACGCGAGUAAAACAUAAACCAGAAAAAAUUAUAGAAGAUGAACAAGAUCUAACAAAUCUUACAUGGUUGCAAAAUAUAACAAACAUAAUGGCCAUUCCUCAAUUUCCUAUAUCUCCCAUGUCGCCGAGUCCACAAAUUAAAACACCGCCCCAAAAUACAAGACUGCAAAAAUUCAACCAGACUAUAGCAAAGUGUCAGAAUGACUUUAUGGAAAAUAAAGAGGAAUAUCAAAAGAACAGUGAGAAGAAGCCGCCAUAUUCAUACAGUACGUUAAUUUGUAUGGCAAUGAGAUAUAAUAAUGAUAAAAUGACGCUGUCUGCAAUAUAUUCGUGGAUAAGAGACAACUUUAAAUAUUACAGGAACGCGGACCCCACAUGGCAGAAUUCAAUAAGACACAAUCUAUCUCUCAACAAAGUUUUUGUUAAAGUGGCUCGCUCUAAACAUGAACCAGGCAAAGGUGGUUUCUGGAAACUUGAUUUGGCGCACUUAGAAGGAACAAAACGAAUAUCCAAUAGACCACAGAAAAAGAAAAAAAGAGCGUCAACGGAAGCAAAAACUGGUACAAACGUUACUGAGGAAAAAAUUGCUGUUUCAAACAUACCGCCUCCAGAAUUUGAAGGAAUAACAAAUGAUAUGGCGCAAGCCGUGACUCUUCAUUUACCAGAAUUCGACCUAGAUGGCAUUCAAUCGAUUGACAACAUAGGAUUAGAAACAAAUAUAGGAGCAAACGUAAUUGUUGAACCGGCUGUACCGCCGCCGCUUAUUCCUGAGGACGACCUAACCAAUCUGUUAUUAAACCCUACAGAAUGGGAUGAUUUGCAAUUGGAUAUGCUAGAUAAUUAUUUGGACUCUUGUUUCAAGUAAGUGUAUUAUUAUUUGAAUUAUAACUUUUCCAAACUAUUUUAAUCAAUACAGAAUAAAAUUUAAUUUGACAUUUUCUGAACAAGUUAAACAGUUAAUAUAAUAGUGUUUUGUUUUUAACUUUUAAAAAUACGUUAUCAAUAAAGUGUAAUAACUUAUGUUUGAUUUUAAUAGACGUUUUGAUUCUUCUCAUUAUGAAGAGAACUGAAGUAUAAUGUUUGAAUAUUAUAAAUUAAUUUUGGUAGCUUAAGUUACGAGUAUAAUUACUAAGAUUUUUAUAUACUUGUCAAAAAUGGUUACAUAUGUGUAAAUUUGAUUUAUAUGUAAUACAUUUGUAUGCAUUGAGGGAGAAACGUUGUGGUAUUAGGAAAUUUCAAUGUGUGUAGUUGGAACAUUACAGUGGUCGUGUUAAGGUUUAACUAAAACAUUAACCUUUAGAUGCAAUAAAUAACUUUUGAUAUCAUUACUCUAGUCAUAUCAAGGCUUAAGCGAAAGAAUAGUUAUAAAACUGUCUAUUAUGUUAUGUUUGUAAUAUUAGGUGGGGCUCAUUUAAUAGUGAUGUAGAAAACUUUGGCUGUAGCCUAUACUGUAGAAGUUUACUAUAAAAAGAAAAGUUUUAAUUCAGAAAGAAUUAAUGUGACAUCUUAUUCCGUCCAAAAAUGUUUUAUCGAGGAAAAAACCAUAUAUAUUUUAAAAAUAGUCUAUAAAAAUCGGCGUGUACACCAUUUGGAUCUAUUCGAAAUUAAUGUAGUAAAGGAAAUGUAUCUCUUAAAUGAUAGAUUUUAAUGUAGAAAUUACUGCACAAUGCGCAUUAUAUUUAGAGUUACUAUGUUAAAUAAAAGUAUGAAAUACUUUCAAUAAUUUAUACCUACAUGAAUUACUAGUUUAUUUGCUCAAAAUAACGCGCUCAAUAUUAGAACCAAGGAUAAUAAUUUGGUAAAUAACAGUAUUAUGAAAUGAAUACACUCUAUUCAAUUAAGAAAAUUUUAUUGCAUUAAGUACGUCAAUCGUAUUUUAUACAAAAAUAAGCCGAAGCGCUAUCCUUAGUAAUAUUGCUUAAAUUAUUUUAUGCAACACAUAAUAAUAAAUAGUAUAGUUAUGUAUAUAUUUUACAGAACAUACUUAUUGUAUUUGUUACAAGGCUUUCUUGAAACAACAAUUGGUGUUUUUGCAUUUCGUAUUUUUUUUUACCACGGGUUUCGGCGCUUAAACUGCACUUAUUAAAAUUUAUAUAUAAUUUCAAUACGAUGCGAAAUAUGUUUGAAGUAAGUUGUAUUUAUAAAUUAACUUAAUAAUAUGACAAUUUAUUUGAUCACGUCAAAAUUAACAUUAUUAAGAUUUCAAAAUUAAAUAUACUUACAAAGUUCGUACUGGUUUUUUAAGCCCAGUAUUGAUACUUAUCUUCUUUUUUUGUGACUCUAAAUCGAAUGCUUCGACAAAUAUAUAUAUACUUAGGUCACAUAUUAUAACACGUGUGAAAGUAUACCUUCAAACGUGUUACAAGUAGUACUUACGCUUCUUAUUAUUUGCAAUAAUUAUAAUUUGUAAAGCCAACUAUAUAGAUAUAGAAAAAGACGUAUUUACCGCUCAGUAUUAUAGGUAAUUAUUAUAAAAGUAAAGAUACUUUUAAAAGGGAUAACUUACAAGUGUGUGGAAAUAUUUUACGACUAGACUGUAGUACAUUAAUGGAACAAUUUAAAAACUAUCAGAUAUUCCGUCCAAUAUAAUGUGAGCAAAAAUUGCGUUUAUGCAUGUUUUUUAGUAGGGUAAGGUAAGAAGCUGAUUAUUGGAAUAUUUCUCCUUAAAGAAAACAAAAAAAAAACUCUAGAAUUAAUAAACAUAAUAAUCUGUUCUACAGUUUUAUAACAUCGUAGUUAACAAACAAAAUGUCUUAAAUCAAUACUAAAAUAUUUUAUACGUGUUCCAAGAAUCAGGAUGUUUGUAUUUGAACUGGUUUUAAAAAAAGUAAAUUAUGUCAUAUUCAACAAAACGUAUAUUUUAUUUAGUGUGGCGCACAAUAUUUCAUAACGAAAUGGCUUGUAAUUUUCGCAAAAAAUACGUAAUACUUCCGUCCGUGUGUUGUUCAUAUUUUAAUGGGUGUUAAAAAUUUGUAGACUAAUUUGUACUUAAUAUGUAAAAUAUUGUUAAUAUUGGAUAAUUAUGAUAUUUGCUCUUAGGGAUGAGAUCCAUAGCCUUAACAAGACAUAAGCCGAUUUAUAAAUACAGCGAAAAAUAAUAGUUCCACGGGGUUCUUUUAUAAAAACGAACGAUUCCGUAACCAUGUUUAAUAUUUCGAUGUUGUAUAUAUACAGUUUACAAAAAUGACAGAUUAUUCUGAACUUUUUUUAGACUUAAAUGAAUCGAAGUCGGAUACAUAGGAGUCAUCUAAAUAUAUUUGUCGUAAUUGAAGUAAUAAUAUACAUUUAAUAUGUUGCUAAAACGACGGUGGAAGCAGUAAGUUGUGCGCGACGUAAUGAAAUAGGCAAAUUAUAACUUGUGUAAUUAAAAAUAGCUUUCAUUCCAAUCAAUCUAUCAAAAAGAUAUGCGAACCUCCAUGUUUUUAAAAAUUAUGUAAGUAUAUAUUAUAUAUUAAUAAUAAAUUUAUCAAAAGACCGAAACUAAUCUGUGGUGAAAAUUUAUUUAGAUAACCAACAUUAAUUGUAAAACGUAAUGAUGAAGUAUUUUUGUGUUUGGUCUUCAAGUGUCAAUUCUUGAACAAGUUUUUUGUGACCUGUAUGUAAUCAUUAUGAACAUUUGUUAUGAAAUAUGAUAUUUUUCUUAAAUUAAAUAUGUGAAAACCAUUUUUUUUUAUAAACUGCAUUCUUAAGUUUCCAUUUAAGGAUUUUGAUAAUCUGUACUAAUAAUAUUGUACAUUUACCGAAGUCAUUAAUGCAUUUUUAAUAUUAAAUACCAGUCAUAUACUUUUAUUACUAUUAUGUAUACCUAAGGUCUAUAUAAUUUUAUUUCUGUGAAAUUCAUCCUUUAAAUUCAUUAAUAUUAUUAUGUCACCGUGAUUGCGAUUUUUCAGUUUGAUUUUUUAAAAAGAAUAUACGUAUCAUAUUAUUAAUAUACAAUAAUAAUCUGACUUCUUUUAUACGAUAUAAUUAAGUACAUAUAAAUAAGUAUCUAAAAUAUGAAGGGUACCUAUUUAUAAUAUAUGUAAUUGUGUGUUAGCAGCUUGUAUACUAUCUCUAUGUAGAGUCUCCCAGUAUUAUUUCAUUGCCUAUUGAAAUUAUAGACCGUAUUAUGGUAGUUACGGUUUAUACCAAAUAUUUAGAAAAACAGGAGUUUAAAAUUGAAAGCCGAAACAAAAAUGCGCACAAAAAUAAUGUAAUAUGGGUAAUAGUUAUUUUUAAUAUUUGGUUUAUAAAAUUAUAAAUGCAGUAAAUUGUUUCUUUUAUGAUCGGAUCCUGACUCCAAUGAUAAAUAAUGCUGCUCUUGUAUUUAGGAGAAUAUCUAUUUUUUAAUAACACAAUAUGUCAGCGAAUAUUAAAUUAGAUAUUGUAUUGUGUAUUUGAUGCCCACGUACUUAGUGGGUUGUGCUCUUGGCAGAGUACCUAUUCAAUGUGAAAUUAACCAACCGUAAGGCUUAGGAACCAUGUGGCUAACUACGCCCCAAAUGCAUGAAAAAAAAAAUUGACCGCUUGUGGUAUUGUAGGUGAUUUAUCUAUUCAACUAAAUUAUUUUGCACCUAUCUAUUCAUACAUUUGGAACUGCAUAACGUAUGUGUUAUACAUUUCGCUGGCUCACUAUUACAAGGUUCUAUGUUAUAUUUUUUUGGACAAAUUGAGUAAUUCAACGAUUCUGUGUGUUUUUUAGUAAAAAAAAAAACAACAAUCCUGAAAGAUAAAUAAAGGAGGAACCAUGAAAGUUUUGUUUUUACUACCAUUAGAAUUUUAAAUCCCAUUUCCUCAACAUAAUCAAAAUCAACAUGGGACCUUGUAACAGUGAACGAGACAUUAUUUUUCCGUGUAGUAUUACGACUACUUGACAUAUCUAAUUAAUUUAAGUGAAUGUGAGUUUGAGUUACGACCAAAUGUUAUGAUAUAAGCAAAAUAUUAUUUAUGGUGUUUCAGUAGAUAUUUGUAUUUUAUGUCGAACUGACCUUUGUAGUAUUAUAGUGGUUGUUUUUGGAAUCGAAGCUCAAAAUAUGAUGUACGCGUUAUUCGUCCAUAGAAGUGUCCUUAAUACUUUCAAUAAAGUGUUAAAACUUA